AGAAGAUGGAAAAAUCUCGAACAUGAAGAGCCAUGAUUGUCAUGUUUUUAUGCAAGAUUUGCUUACACCGGCAUUUCAAGGCAUUUUGCCUAAGCAAGUGUUAGAACCUUUGGUUGAGCUAAGCUUGUUUUUUAAGCAAUUGUGCUCCAAAACUCUAAAAAUUGAUGUGUUGGAGCGAUUGGAAAAGAGUAUUGCAAUAACUCUUUGUAAGCUUGAAAAGGUGUUUGUUCCAUCGUUCUUUGAUAUUAUGGUUCACCUCCCAAUCCACUUGGCUACUGAGGCCAAGCUUGCUGGGCCAGUGCAAUAUCGUUGGCAAUAUCGAUUUGAAAGGUUGAAGGCCGACUAUUUUUCAAAUCGCAAAUCUUUAUUAGAGGCGGAGCAUGCUUGCCCACCUUCAAUAAAACUUGAACAAUGGAAGUGGCUUGUUUAUAACUAUUGGAGCUCUCCUAAACAAAAGGAAAGGAGCGAGAAGAAUCGGGCAAAUGCUCUUGCAAAGAAGAUCAAGUCGGCAUGUGGUGCGAAAUCAACAGCUCGCAUAAUUUAUGAAUUGGAACUUGAGGCGCAAGCUUGUGAAAAUGAGAAUGAGGUCACCGAAAUUAAUGGUUCUAGUUCAAACGUCACCUCAUCCCAAGCUAAAGAUGAUCCCAUGUAUUUAAAGUUAUGGGAAAAGUCAAAGAGGCAUAAAAAUGGGAAGUUUGACGAUGAAGCCGAGGAGAAGUUCAAGGAAUUAAAGGAGUUGCAUGAGAAGGAAAUUGGUGAAAAGGGGGUUGAUAAUCUUACUCUUGAAGAAGCUUAUGUGAAGGUUCUUGGACAUCGUUCAGGUUAUGCCCGAGGUUUAGGCAAAGGGCACCCGGUGUCAUCUAAAGAUGGAAAGAUAGGAAGAGCUGAGCUGGAACAAAAUGUUGAAAAACUACAAAAUGAAAAUAAUAUUAUGCGAGCUGAAUUGGAAGCGUCUAAGAAGAAACAAGAAGACCUAGAACAAAAGCUUCGGUUAAUCAUGGAGAAGAUUGGCCUUGAUUCUUGAUAAAGUUAGGGGAUCAAGUCAGUGUGCUGAUGUUUUGGGGAUGGAGGACACCAAAGGCUGGUUGCAUUUCUUGGAUGGAAAAAGGGGAUGCUUGAAGAUGCAAGGAUGAAAAGAUGUCCUAGAAUUAUUAAAUAAUUGCUUUUUGGAAAACUUGGUUAAUACUUUUGUAUAUAUAAUGACAAAAUUAGAAUAUAUAAUGACAAAAUUAGAAUUUAUAUUAA